UAUUAAUAUUUCCCACCCUCGAGUUGGAAUUGGACCUUGCAUAGGAGAAACCCCAGAUUGCAAACCCUUGCUGCUGUGUGGGGAGCCUUCGCGAAUCCGGCGCCAAGGGCCUCUCUUUUCUCACCCUCUCGUGUGGUCGGUUCUGAUGGAUGUGGAUGAAAGUCCCGAACGAAUGGAUUUGGAGGAGUCGAAGAAGAGUGCGUCGAAAGGGAAAGGAAAAGAGGAGCUCAGUGAAACCAUGGAGAAGUUGAAGAUAGCUGAAUCUGAUAUUACUUUCAAGAGAAAACCUGUUAUAAUCAUCGUGGUUGGGAUGGCAGGAAGUGGAAAGACAACAUUUCUUCAUAGAUUGGUUUGCCACACACUAUCUUCGAAUAUCCGGGGAUAUGUGUUGAACCUCGACCCGGCAGUCACGACACUUCCUUUUGGUGCUAACAUUGAUAUAAGAGACACUGUUAGAUAUAAGGAAGUGAUGAAGGAGUAUAACCUUGGGCCUAAUGGGGGAAUACUUACUUCAUUGAACCUAUUCGCUACCAAGUUCGAUGAGGUUAUAUCUGUCAUUGAGAGGCGAGCUGAUCAACUUGACUAUGUGCUGGUUGACACCCCUGGUCAGAUUGAGAUAUUUACUUGGUCUGCUUCAGGAGCUAUAAUCACUGAAGCUUUUGCUUCGACAUUUCCAACCGUAAUUGCUUAUGUUGUUGAUACACCACGAUCGGCAAAUCCUGUCACUUUUAUGAGCAACAUGCUCUAUGCAUGUAGUAUACUUUACAAAACAAGGCUGCCUUUGGUCCUGGUGUUUAACAAAGUUGAUGUUGCUAAGCAUGAAUUUGCAUUAGAGUGGAUGGAAGAUUUUGAGGCAUUCCAGGCAGCUAUAGAAACCGAUUCAUCCUAUACAUCAACCUUGACAAGAAGCCUCUCUUUGGUCCUUGAUGAGUUUUACAAAAAUCUAAAAUCUGUGGGAGUUUCAGCCGUUUCUGGCACGGGGAUGGAAGCUUUCUUCAGUGCAAUCGAAGCCAGCGCUGAAGAGUACAUGGAGAAUUACAAGGUUGAUCUUGAUAAGAGGCGGGCCGAAAAGGAGAGGCUAGAAGCUGAACGCCGAAAACAAAACAUGGAAAAACUGCGGAAAGACAUGGAAGAGUCUAAAGGUCAAACCGUAGUGCUGAGCACUGGUUUAAAGGAUAAGAAAACUAUAGCUGAUCCAAUGGACGAAGAAGAUGAGGAGGAAGAAGAUGAAGAUGAAGAUGAUUCUGUGAAGUUCUCUGAAGAGGAUGAAGACGAAGAUGAAGGUGAAGAUGAGGAGGUUGCUCACUUUGCCUUUUAAAUGGAUUUAUCCAAAAUACACCUUAAACCAGCUCCUUCUGAGAUCAGCAUAGAUUGUAUUGUGCUCUCUGGUUUCUUACUGAUUCUAGAGCACCAGUUGUUUAAUGAUGUUAGAGAUGUGUAAAACCCAGCAAACAAAUGUACACUGUCUUUUUUUAUUAUUAUUUUCAUAUAAAUGUUCGUUCCUAUAAUUUAA